UUCAUCUCACGAUUACCAUCUGCCACAUAGUGAACCUUCGAAACGUACAAUGCGCUGGUGGAUGGUUCUUGGACUCUGGCUGCUAGCAACUUAUUCAGCCACAGCCUGGGCUACCAAUCCAGGUUUUGCAGCAAGAAUAACAAACAAAGGUCUUGAUUAUGCUCAGAAACUAGGAAUCCAGGCUCUGCAAAAGGAGUUGUCCAAGAUCAAGGUGCCAGACCUUCAUGGCAGUAAGCGUAUUAGAUUUCUUGGGCGUGUGUCAUAUGAUGGCUACAGAAUUAAUGUUCGCAGUUUUCAUCUGCCCACAUCUGCUAUCACCUUAGUCCCUGGUGUGGGUCUCAGAAUCUCUAUAUCAAAUGCUUAUAUUCAUCUAAAUGGAAGGUGGAGAGUCCGGGCCAGAUUUGUAAGAGAUCGUGGCUCUUUUGAUGUGAAGAUUCAAGGUGUCUCCAUCUCUUUGGUGCUGAAGCUGGGUAGUGAUAGAACGGAGAGACCAACAGUUUCACCUUCUGACUGUAGAAGUAGCAUUUCCAAUGUCAACUUGAAAAUUAGAGGAAGGUUCCGGUUUCUCUACAGACUGUUUAGAAAGCACAUUAAUAAAGCAGUCCGAAAGGCAAUGGAGAAGCAGAUAUGCCCUGUUGUUGUCAAUACCAUUAACAGAAGGCUACCACCUAUCCUACAUACCUUGCCAGUUAAUACAAAGAUCGACAGAUUUGCUGCUAUAGAUUACUCACUUGUUGGUCCACCACUGGCAACAGCUGAAGCCCUGGAUGUGCAUUUUAAGGGUCAGUUCCUUGAUGUUACAGGUAACACCAAGAUUUCAAUUGCUCCACCACCUCUGCAGUUCCCUGUGGAUCACAGUCAUAUGCUUAGCUUUGGUGUCUCAGAAUACUUCUUCAACACAGCGGGGAUCAUAUACAAGGGUGCUGGAGCUCUGGUUUUUGACUUGACUGAUAAAAUGAUCCCAAAAAAUUAUAAGAUACGUUUGAGCACAUCUUCCAUUGGCAUCAUCAUACCUAAGGUUCAGAAAAUGUAUCCGAAUAGGCCAGUGAUGAUGCGUGUCGCUGCUGAUACAGCACCCUUUGUGACAAUAUCACCAGGCAAAUUUACUGUUACAGCAACGUGCAAUAUUGAGACUUCUGCUAUUUUGCCAAACAAGUCAUUAGCUCGUCUCUUUGUUCUACAUGUGGGUACCACAAUCUCAGCUAAAAUUGGUGUUAGAAACAAAAAACUUGUUGGAAGCCUUUCACUGGACAGUAUACGACUGAAUCUGAAACAUUCUGAUGUUGGCUUUUUUCAUGUAAAAUCCAUAGAAGAAACUGUGAGGUUUUUCAUCACAUAUGUCAUAGUUCCUUAUGUUAAUGGUAUCUUGGCAAAUGGAUUCCCGCUGCCUGUGCUGGACAACAUUCGGCUGAAUGAUGUCGUUGUUGAACCUAAGCAGCACUACUUACUGCUUGCAGUUACGGUGGUUUAUGGUGCAUAAAGGCAGCAGCAAAAAUAAAACUUACAUCAGGCAAAAGAGUGGAAACGUCCCACCAGGAAAAAUGGCACCUGUUUUAUCUUCGAUUACUGUAUUAUGAUUUAAGCGAAUAACUAGCAAAAACCUUAUAAUUUGCUAUACUACAUGCAAACAGUGACUGUUUUUAAAGUAAUGGCUUCAUAUAACUCAAACUCAUUGCUGGUCUUAGCAAUACUUUAAUAAUCUCACGUCAAGAUAAUGACAUAUUCACGUAUUUAUUUGCUUAUAAUAAUAAAAACAUUAAAACAGCCAAGCUUUAUUAAUCAAAACCUCUUAAAUAAACUUUCAAACUCUACUUCCUUUGCAAAAAAUAUAUAUACACCUCACAAGAAUAAAAUAUGAUUAAUGACAUAAUGA